AUGGUACAGUACGUACUGCUCACUCUUUCCCUUCCAUCCCCCCCCUCGUUCGAACUCGCCGCCAAACCUAAUCCCCCAUCCUCCCCUUCCUCCCUCUCUCGUCCACACUCGCCCCGCUCUCACAAUGCUAACGCAGCGAACCCCAAGGGUGGGGAUGGGGGGAGUGGGGGAGGCCGCUGGCAGGGGGAUGGGGAGGGGCUGCUACGGCAGCAUGAUGUAUCCGAGAAGUUCGGGCCCAAGGGGGCCAAUGCAGCGAACCCCAGUGCAGGGGGGAGGCCGCCAGCAGGGGGGAAGGGGAAGGGCGGGGGGGCAGCAGCGGAGGGGGGCGAUGAAUUUGACUACCACAUGGGGCUGUCGACCCGACCCCCCUGGUACUGCAGUCUUUGCAAGGUGAACGCUACUAGCAAGGAGACAUUAGAGAGCCACUCAGAGGGGAAGAAGCACCGCGGGAAAGUGAGGGGUGCGACCAGGGCUGCUGUGGAGGCGACUAAGGGACAGGAUGAUGCCUCUAGGGCCGCUGAAGAGGCUGGAAACGGUGCAGUAGCUGACAGUGCGGUGCAGAGUGGUGCGGAUGGUGCUGCCAGUGGGAAGGCGAAUGGGGCUCCUGCUGUUGCAGCGAAUGGGGCAGUGACAGGUGGACAAGAGAAUAGGGCAGCGACAAGUGGACAAGAGAAUGGGCAGGAGGAGGCGAAAAGUGGUGGGGAGGAGGAGGGAGAGGGAGGAGCAGAGUGUGGAGCGACAUGUGCUCGAGGCGGUGAGUGCAGUGUGGAGCGAUAUGCUGCUACCCGUUGCAAACGGUUGGAAAGGUGGAGAGGUGCAGAGGUGCAGAGGUGCAGAGGUGCAGAGGUGCAGAGGUGGAGUGGAGAGGUGGAGAGGUGCAGAGGUGGAGAGGUGGAGUGGAGAGGUGGAGAGGUGCAGAGGUGGAGAGGUGGAGUGGAGAGGUGCAUAAAUGCAGAGGUGGAGAGGUGGAGAGGAGGAGAGGUGGAGAGGUGGAGAGGAGGAGAGGUGGAGAGGUGGAGAGGAGGAGAGGUGGAGAGGUGCAGAGGUGGCGAGGUGGGGAGGUGGAGAGGUGGCGAGGCACCCAGCCAUGAGCUGCCACUCAAGGCACUAAGAAAGCAGGUGCUCGCAGCAGCCAAGCGAGUGCUGGCAGAGCAGAGCUCAAAGGAAAGCGCCAAGGACAGCUGCAAGCAGGGAGCAGGCAAGGGAACGGAGAGCAGCAGCAAGGGAAGGGAGAGCAGCAGCAAGGGAAGGGAGAGCUGCAGCAAGGAGGAGCUGCUGGCUGCCUUCCAACGCUCU